CGUUGCGCGGCGUGUGUCAGUACGUGUACGGCGAUAAGCUGUGUCGCGUUGUCGGCCUAUCGGGUGCAGCGGAGCGACCGUCUGGCGACGUGUUCUUAUCACCAGCCGCGAUCGAAUCGUCCGCGAUUAAGAUAACGCGCUUGCGAAACCCUCGCGCUCGUAACGAGACAUAUCCGGUGAUGCGCGAAUUUUGAAAGCGGGCCAAACAUAGAGGGAAACAACGCGGCGCAGUCGCGACCCGAAGACGCGAUCGCGUAACGUACUCGAUGUGCUCGCGCGUUUUCCUUCCACGGAGAAGAGAUCCCGGAUUGAUGAUCCUCGCGCCGCGAGUUACCUCCCGUUCGUGACUCGUCCUCGUCAUCGGUUUCCCACGAGUUUCCUCGCCGACAGGGAUCGCCGAUUUUUCCGACGCGCGACGGAGAUGUAAGCUCGACGCGACGAGUUUCGGAGGAGACGCCAUCCGUUUCAAACGAGGCCACGUGGACCACGUUGGGAGCCAGGAAAAAUAUGUGCCAGCAUGUCCGAGGACGACGCGCAGGAAGCAGCCAGCGAGGAGAUCGAGAAACAGGGAUCCCUUUAUGUGUUCCCGGGUACGGGCCGCCCCAGCCGCGCAACAUCGUCGUCAUCGUCGGCAUCGAUGGCGCCCCUUCAGCCACCACUGUCGUCUUUCCCUCACGGUGGCGAUCCAACCAUGAUGAGCACGACGAUGACAACCAGCACCACGACGACGAUAACAUCCACGCCGACGAAGAUGAGCAACGGCGACGAGGACGAGGACGCCGUAGAGGAAGUCACCUCGCCGAGCAGAAGAAGACCUCUGCCGAAAACGCACGCGAGAUCGGCGAGCCAUGGUGGUGUCCUGGCGGAUUGCACGACCGGACGGCAGACCUACGGGUCUUUUCUGGGUCCGCUGACGACGGUGGGAAGCGCCACGUCCGCGGGUCGACCAUCGGCGCUGAAGAAGCCGGGUCAUCAGAGAGCCUUCAGCCAGGGUCAGGUGGCGGACGUGACGCAAAGCCAGUCAGCCGUAACGGGACAUCAUCGCGUCGGCUCCAGAACGGAUUUCAUCUUGCCGCCGGGCCACAGGGAGGAGGGCAGACCGCCUACUGCCGGCAGGAUGCCUUCCUUUCGCGGUCAUUCUCGCCAGGCGUCCAGAUCGGAGUCUAUCUAUACGAUAAGACGUAGCGUCGUGCCCCCCUGGUGGAGAAGACUAUGGGCCUAUUGUUUCGGUUCAUUGCCGGAAGAGCCCCGUCUAAGGACAAUAGUGCCGAAUCACUUAGUCUCCCCGAAAACACCGAAGAGUCAGCAUCCCAAUGGGUAUAGGACGGACAACAGGGUACGCACAACAAAGUAUACGGCGCUGAGCUUCCUACCUCGUAACCUGCUGGAGCAGUUUCAUCGUGUGGCUAAUCUAUAUUUCAUCUUCAUCGUUCUACUUAAUUGGGUGCCGGCCAUAAAUGCUUUUGGCAAGGAAGUCGCUAUGAUCCCCGUCUUGUUCGUUCUUGGGGUUACAGCGCUUAAGGACUUCUUCGAAGAUCGUCGGCGUCUCGCCAGUGACCGGCGUGUGAAUAAUUCCACCUGCCGCGUCUACGUUAGCGAAGGCGACAGAUACAUGAAGGUGGCGUGGAAGGAUGUCAAGGUGGGCGACCUGGUUCACCUCUCGAACAACGAACUGGUACCGGCCGAUCUUUUGCUUCUGAGAAGCAGCGAUCCUCAGGGAUUAGCUUAUCUCGAUACGUGCAACCUUGAUGGUGAAACGAAUCUGAAGCAGCGUCAGGUUAUCAGGGGUUUCCUCGAUCUGCAGGAUACUUUCCAGCCUUCCAAGUUCCGGUCGGUGGUUGAAGUCGAUCAGCCAAGUACUAGAAUAUAUAGGUUUCAUGGCGCCGUAGUGCACCCGAACGGUGGCAGAGUACCCGUGUCCACGGAAAAUCUUUUGCUCAGGGAAUGUGUUUUAAAGAACACCGACUUCGUCGAGGGUAUAGUCAUAUACGCUGGUCAUGAGACUAAAGCAUUGCUGAACAACGGUGGACCCAGAUACAAGCGUUCCCGUCUGGAGAAGCAGAUGAACAGGGACGUGAAAUGGUGCGUUGUGAUAUUGCUGGUGCUAUGCGUGUUCGGUGCGAUCGGUUGCCGUUUUUGGUUGUCCACGUACACGGGUUUGACGAUGGUACCGUUUCUGCCGGUGGUGCAGGAGCCAGUCUACGAGAGUAUACUGACCUUCCUGACCUUCGUUAUAAUAUUUCAAGUGAUGAUACCGCUGAGUCUAUACGUGACGAUCGAGAUGGCCAAGGUGGGACAGGUGUAUCAUAUCGGCCACGACCCGGCCCUCCACGACACGGAAACCGGUCGUAAGGCGGAAUGCCGCGCGCUGAAUAUCACGGAGGAAUUAGGUCAAGUGCAAUAUGUUUUUUCCGACAAAACUGGCACUCUCACGGAAAACAAAAUGCUAUUCAGGCGAUGCGUAGUAAGCAACCAGGAUUAUUCGCACAUAGGCGACAAUGAGAAUCUGCUUCCGUGCUCGCGGCUUAAGGAGGACCUCCUCAUAAGUACAUUUCGACACCGUUUACAAGAAUUUCUUAUUGUUUUGGCCACGUGCAAUACGGUUGUUGUAAAUUCUCAACCGCAUCACGAUAACAUGAACUCUAGCGGAGUCAUCGAAGAACCUCAAAAAAAUGGAACUCGGGCUGCAAGAAUAACAGAGGAUACUAAUUCAUUUCCGACCGUUAAUUCCCCGCCGAUACCGAUAUCUCCGAACAGUAGAAAUCCCCGCACCUUAUCUCCAGUAUCACCUGUGAUCAGCACGACAAAUACGUUUGAUGACACAUCAAAAUUUCCGUUUAAACUUUCCAGGCCAAAGUUGCUAAAUGUAACGUCGAUACCGAGUCUAGGGAUCGGUUUAUUGGGACGAAAACUUUCACCAGAUGGCCAAAAGAGACGUAGUCCGGACACAAAAAACAGCGAUGAAUUAUUACAAAGUCUAGCGAUCUACGAAGCGGAAAGUCCUGAUGAGUUGGCGCUAGUACACGCGGCACGUGCUUACGACGUCAAGCUAGUGAAACGAACGCCUCGCAGUGCAAUCGUUUCUUUUCCAGACAAAUCAACGGUCGCGUUCGAAAUACUUCACGUACUACCAUUUGAUUCGAAUAGAAAAUGUAUGUCGGUGCUACUCAGGCAUCCUCAUACCGGCGAGAUAGUAUUAUACAGCAAGGGUGCCGACACGACGAUAUUACCAGCGUUGUCGCCGAAUGAAGAGAACACCGUCUCCUCGGCAAGUAUUCGACAAUAUCUGCAGUCGUACGCGCGUCAAGGGUUGCGUACCCUGGUGAUGGCAAGGAGGACAUUGACAUCACAAGAAUAUGAGAUAUGGCGAGAGAAGCACGAUGAGGCGGAACUGGCGACGGAGAACCGUGAACGUCGUAUACGCGAUUCGUACGCGACGUUGGAGUCGCACUUAACGCUGCUGGGAGCGACCGGUAUCGAGGACAAAUUGCAAGUUGGCGUGCCCGAGACAAUGGCCGCUCUAGUCGCCGCCGGAAUCGUCGUGUGGGUUCUGACAGGAGAUAAGCCAGAGACUGCGGUGAACGUGGCAUACUCGGCGCGACUCUUCUCGCCAGCCAUGCAGCUGCUGCAGUUGCAGGCGAGAUCGAAAUCCAUUGCUGAGACGCUCAUACGCGGCUAUCUGGAGUCGGCGCACAAAGAGAGUGCAAACAAUGGUCAUUCGCAGCAACCAGGCAUGAUUGCCGAUCCCGUCGGUAUAUAUCCGAAUCGCGAUUCCACCGAGAGAGAUGCCCAUAGAAUCGGCAGUCCGUGGCCACGGCAACGCGCGCUCGUCGUGGACGGUAAGACGUUGACCGUGAUCCUGGAUCCACGAUCAGGUUUGACCGGCCCGUUCCUCGAACUCACGAAAACGUGUUCCAGCGUCUUAGCCUGCCGCGCCACACCGUUGCAAAAGGCAUAUAUAGUUCGCAUCGUUAAAAAACAAUUGGGAAUGAGAACGUUAGCGAUCGGCGAUGGCGCAAAUGAUGUUAGUAUGAUACAGACCGCCGAUGUGGGCGUCGGUAUCUCGGGGCAAGAAGGUACGCAGGCAGUGAUGGCGGCGGAUUUCGCGAUUUCACGAUUUUCCAUUCUCAGUCGGCUCCUCCUUCUGCAUGGGCACUGGUGUUAUGACCGUCUCGCCAGAAUGAUUUUGUAUUUCUUUUACAAGAAUGCAACUUUCGUCUUCCUCGUGUUCUGGUUUCAGUUAUAUUGCGGUUUCUCCGGUGCCGUAAUGAUAGAUCAAAUAUAUUUAAUGCUAUACAACUUGCUGUUCACUUCGCUGCCACCUCUAGCUUUGGGCAUAUACGAUCGAAUCGCUGCGCCUCGCGUGUUACUUUCAGCACCGGAAUUGUACACAAGAGGACGUCUGGGACUAGUUUAUCAGCCGCACUCGUUUUGGCUCACAAUCAGCGAUGCUCUUUACCAAAGUCUUAUUAUUUUCUUUAUUACCAAAGAGGUUUAUCAUGAUUCGAUUAUCGAUAUAUGGGAAUUUGGGACGACUAUUAUGACAGCGUGCAUCGUUGUCAUGCUGCUUCAUGCUGCCAUAGAAAUUAAAUCUUGGACUAUAAUUCACAUUGGUGCCAUCUUGGGUUCCUUGGGCAUAUUCUUUGGAUUUUGCCUUUUUUAUAAUGCCGUCUGCGUUAAUUGCAUGGGUUUACCCGGAUCCUUCUGGGUAAUGGAAAAAGUCAUUACGCGUCAUACGUACUGGUUCACUGUAGUACUUACGUCUGUCCUCGCACUAAUGCCUAGAUUAGUCUAUAAGGCGAUACAAUCCACAAUCGCACCAGACGCUAUACAAGUCAUCUCGCAGCAAAUUGUCGCAAAAGGCGGUAAUCAAAUUCGUCGGCAGCGUAUCAGCAGUCAAAGAGGCGAAAUUAAUUUUAUUGCUGGAUGGUCACGUUCCUCGCAGCAUGCUACCAUCAGACCCGGCAGCUACAGAAGCAAAAGCAGCGCUCUCACGACUAUCGUUGCGUGACAGGCACAAUCGGAUUGAAAUGAAGCGUGCCUAUCUCAUUAAUUCAGAAAGUCGAUCGUCGUAAAGGAAGGAAAAGUACGCGGGCUCUUUACCGUCGCGAUCCUUUUCGAAAGCCGCGUGUUCAUCGGUUAAGAAGAAUUUUUUCUGACCUUCUUUGAAAGUCGUUCACACUAACCACCUCUGUGAUUAACUAUUUCUGGUUCAUGAUUCUCUACAGAUCGUGGUUGUAGCUACGUAAUGAUGUAGAUAUAGCGAAAGGAAAGUUAGUUAAUCGUGGUUUGUGCAGCCGAGCGUGAAAAUUCGCGCUCGUAGCUAUCUAAUCGUGCAAUAUAGAUUAUUAAGAAGCGUCGAAACUUUGUGACGCGUUCACCGUGCGUUCUCGUUAUCGCGAUAACGCUAAUAUUUUCAUUGCCAUUCUCGAAUUCGAGUUAUCGCGACUGAAUUAAAAAUCGAGUGGCCUUAAAUCUCAGAUUGUUCGUUGCAUUUAAUGGCUGUGACUUCUAGGGACCAAGACUGUGCGUUAUAAUUGUAUCAGGCAAGCCGAAUUCGAGCGAAAGUCUCAUAUACUUAUUAUUUCAAGUAUUUUAUUUGUAUUUUUUUUCCAGUGAAACUUUUCACUCGAACGUAUAUCCGCGUGUAUUCUAUUUUCAAGCGGAAGACCAACGAACGGAGAUACAAAGAUGGAUAUAUCGAGCGUUUUAUUUAUAUAUACAUAUACCUUCAGAGAAUAAGUGUACAAAGUGUUAUAUAAAAAAAGAGUACUAAGUAUAUAUGUAUAUACACAGUGUGUGUUUCGCGAGAGGCGCGGUUCACCCGCUGAUAGAUAUUUUAUCAAACCGAUUUAUUUUUUAAACAAGUUUGUAGCUAAGUAUCAUUAGAUGUUACGCGUUACACCGUAAAGCGAACAGUAGGAAGCAAGCGCGGACGCAAAGAAUCGUGAUUGCGUCAAGUUAUUUCCUAUUUCCGGUUGAUUCGCACGCGCGAUCGAUGGAACGCCUCAGAUAAAUUAUAAUAUAAUAUGACGUUAUACACGUGCUUUGUUAUAUCUAUUGUUAUGUUACUAUCAAUAUCUAAGAGAAAAUAUUGUGAGAUAUCGAUUUAGAGCUUUUAAUUUGGAUAAUGCAUAUUAAAUGUUAUAUCGAUAACACGUUGCACGUGCUAUCUCAUAGUAUUUUGAUAAUGAUCGGAUUAUCGUUGUAUGCAUUUACCGAUGUAAGGAGAAUGUGUUGCGGAAUUAAAAGAAAACAAUCAAUUCUUUCUUCGUUA